CUCCGGUCUAGCGACUGCGCUCGAUUUGUCGAGCCUGAGCCAACAUGGCGGUGCUCGUGUAACUCCAGUCCGUACUAAGAGGACAGGGCCGUGCCGCCGGCCCAGCAGGAGUCAGAAGUCACCAUGCUGAGGGCGGCGUGGAGGGCGCUGUGUCCGAUUCGAACCCAGGCAGUGACCCAGGUCCCAGUCCUUAGGCUGCCAGAUAUAGGGAGGGCUAGGCUUCCCUCCGACCCAUGGGGCCUGCAGGCUGGAGGUCUCCUCCUCCAGACCGCCCGCGGAUUUGCCUUCCAGAAACCAGUCCAGCCCAGGCAAGAAGAUGACCCACCCCCUUCCACACUGCUCAAAGACUACCAGAAUGUCCCUGGAAUUGAUAAGGUUGAUGAUGUCGUGAAAAGACUCUUGUCUGUGGAAAUGGCUAACAAGAAGGAGAAGCUAAAAAUCAAGCAAGAGUGGCUGAUGAACAAGAUCAAGGCAGACCCUGAGGACACCAGCUCCCUAGAGGCUCGAAUUGUUGCCUUGACUGUCAAGAUCCAAAGUUAUGAAGAACACAUGCAGAAACAUCGACAGGACAAAGCCCACAAGCGCUAUCUGCUCAUGAGCAUCGACCAGAGGAAUAAAAUGCUCAAAAACCUCCGUAACACCAACUAUGAUAUCUUUGAGAGGACAUGUAAGGAGCUGGGAAUUGAGUACACUUUCCCCACUCUGUACUGCCGAAAGGCCCACCGCCGCUGGGUGACCAAGAAAGCGCUGUGCAUUCGGGUUUUCCAGGAGACUCAAAAGCUGAAGAAGCAAAAAAGGGCCUUGAAAGCUGCAGCAGCAGCAGCCCAGAAACAAGGCCAGAGGAGCCCGGAGGGGCCUUCCGAAGUCAGACCAGAGGCACUCAAAGAAAAUCAAUAAAUUCUGUUACAAUCA